UAGGCCGAUGUUUGUCUGUCAUUAAUUUUAUUGUAAUUUGGAUUGAAAUUUCGAAUUUGAACUAAUAAAAGCGGAUAUUCGAGAAAAACUUCAGUGAAACUGAAAUGAAAUUUAGUCGGUUUUAUAUCAGAUAGUGAUAUGAUGUGCGAGGGAUGCGCCGAUUUCGUACAACUUCUUGUUUCUUAUGAAGCACAAGUUUGUCAAGAUAACCAAGCAGGCGACCAACCAGUAUUAAGUGUUGAUGACAUAAAUACAGCCUUUGUUUAUGUACAAACAUGGCCUGCAAGACAAUGUAUGUGCUGUUACCGAGACUCAAAAAACCUGGAGCGGUUCAGCUGCCUAACGCAAGGCUUAAUAUACAUGGCAGUUUCCCAACUCAAACUAUUAUCCGAUAAACAUGCUGAUAAUACACAAACAGAGCCUGAACCAUCCGAGUUGAAUACUGCUAAAACUGAACCGCCAGAGAAAAAAGAUACUAAUCCAGAAGAUGAGAAGGAAAACGUUGAAGUGGUGGAAAGAGACAAACUACUAAUUUUGGUCUCAAAAAUAUUUCUUUUAAAUUUUCCUUUGUAUGUGGCCUUUAAGCAUACUAUUCAGUCAAAAGUAGAGGAGUUGACGGCACAAGAAAUGGCCAAUUUGAACAUGUUCUGCGACCUACAUGACUCAGAAAUACCGAUUUAUCUUUUAAAAAAUGUCAGUUGGUUUUGUAAAAUUGGCGGACUACUGGCCAUGACUAAUUGCUUUACUUAUCUAACUACAGAAAUUUUACCUGUAUCCACUGCUCAUGCUAUGAUAUCUAUCGUUUGCAAUUUGAAAUUAUGGAUGAACUACAAAACUAUGGUAUCUUUGUUGGUGCCUCUAAGAUCCUGCGUUUUGAGGUACAUGUGUAAAUUGUCAGAUCAAGAUUUGAGGACCCCAACUAUAAAAAGUAUGGCUGAUUUUAUGUGGAAUGCUAUUAAAGACCCUUUAGAUUCACCAGUGGCUUUUGAUGUGGAUGGCCUAGAUUUGGCUUUCAAGUAUUUUACUUCCAGCACUUUGACAAUGAGAUUGGCUGGAAUAACCCAAAUAAACAACCAAAUAGGAGUUUUAGCUGAAAUUUGUGUGGGUGAAACCCUCCCUGAAGCUGAAGCUGUACCACGGCACAUGGCCGACUGGUUAAUUAGCAAUAACAUUAUCUCGCAUAUUUUCGGGCCCAAUUUACAUGUGGAAGUAAUCAAACAAAGUCACAUUAUUCUAAAUUUUCUUGCAAUGGAAGGACGUAUAACUUGCGAACAUAUGGACGUCAUUUGGGCCGCUGCUCAAUUGAAACAUUGUGCCAAACCUGUGCACGACCUACUUCCAGGCUUGGUUAAGCAUUUAGCUGCUGCUCCUACUCUACAUCUUUAUAAUUUGCUCACCAAAUUGGAACCUAAAGAUCACACCGAACAGACUUUGUAUUUGGCUAGUGCUCUUAUCAAAGCUAUUUGGUCUAGAGGUGGGGCUUCUCCAGAAGUGGGUUUAAUCAAUGUGGCCGCGUCCAGUGCAGGAAUAGCUUUGCAUAAAUGUGCUCCGACUUCGUCAGAGAACAGUGUGUCAUUGGAUCCAAGUAAUUCGGAAGAAGACCAUGGAGAAAGUACUGGACAUUCGGAAAGUCACAAAUCCGAUAGUGAGGAUAUUGAUGGUAUUGAAAUUGAAGAUGAUGAUAAUGGGCAAAUUGUCGUGGAUAAUAAUGGACCUCCACCUUGUAAACUUGCCAGAAAACAAAUGAUUGAACGAGUCCACGUCGAUCAUCUUGCUCCAAACAGCAGUACCGACACGGAAAUCGACGGGAUUCCCAUAAAAACAACCCCAGAACAAGACAAAAUAAAAUGGCCAGCAUCCGUCAGAACAAAAAGCGAAAAAAAGGCGCACGUUCGCAAAAAACUCCUAUCAACAUUAAACUUGAAUGUCGUCAUGCCAGAAGGAGUCGAAACCAUUGGGUCUAGCAGUAGCCAGGAUGAGGCCGAUUUGGAGGGUAGUCCAUCGAAAAUUAGAAAAAGAAGGAAAUACUUGAGAAAGGCACGCGUGAAACGUCAAAAGAGCAGCAACAAAAGAGCGAUGCGUCUAGCAGGCGUCGAGGUACUGAGCGAACAGGAUAGCGAUCAUGAGGUGAAAAAUUUAAAAACACAAUCUGCCCAGGAGAGUAUGUUGUUGCCUACACAAAUUAAUGAUUUGGUUCAUGCCUCAGGAACUCUUAAAACCAACGUUUAUCUCGAAGAAAGCUCGUCUUGUAGUGAACUGGGCAAAGAAGAACAUCACCAUAUAGCCCAGCCGUCGGCCUGUGGAAAUUACAUUACGAUCCACUCUAAUGGAAGUCAUAUUUUGGAGAUGCUGAGCGGGGAGGAGGCAGAAGUUGAAGGUGACGCUGAAGGAAGUUAUUCCUCCAGAAUGAGUAACAAGUCUGAAAAAAAUAUGGCAGAUUUUGAUGGCGAAGAUUCCGUUUGUGAAGAAGAACUGGCCCAGCUAACUGAAAAUCAUCCAAACCUAAAUUUGCACAUUAUAGCCCACACUCCAGAGAAGUCUCCACCGAUAAGAAUAAUCGAUUCAAGACUUUCUGCUUGUUUUAAAGCAGACAACGUCUGCCUACCAGGCAACACUCUUUUAUGGGACCUACUGCAAGACGAGAAAAUAAAUAAUUUGGGCGAAGGCUUGGCACUUGAAGCUGAAAAAACCUUGUGCAAUCUCAUCUGUUUUAUGCCUGAUAAAGAAAUCAGAAUGAAAUUUAUUGAAGGCUGUCUAAAUAAUUUAGCUAAAAAUGUAUCAGUGGUGGUUUCUUUACGUAUGUUGCCUAAACUGUUAACGUCAUUUAGAGGCUUAGAAAUGCACCAUGUCACCCAAUGGGCUGAAAGACAGCAUCACAUGAUGACACACUUUUUCAAUAAUCUUAAAGCCUACACGUUGAAUCCAGACAAAUCUUUGAUGUUGUACUCGCAUCAAAUGCAAGUGCAAGUAAGGCUGCAUUUUUUGUCUGCAGUAUUUUCCCCUAUGGUUUCCUCGAAUACUUUUAUGCUUAGCAUUGACCAAGUGGACACUUUAUGGGAAUGUUUGGCGCAUGAUCCAGAAUGCUCAGAUGAAUUGUUCAGUUGGUUGCUGUCUCAAACGAAAACCACUGAACUGCAUGCUUUAAGAAUCGAUGCCCUGAGGCGGUUGUAUCUCCAUCAUUUGCCUAGUCUGGCUCCAGAGAAGUUCAGUACGAUUUGUUUGACUCUUUUUCAACAUUUGUGUGGGCUACAUCAUUUGAUGACUGCUCAUUUGGAGGGCGAGGACAAGGAAAGUAAAAAUGUUGGGAUGGAUCAUAUGUGGAAGAUUGCACUAAGGGCUAAUAACACUGAUGUAAGUAUGUCAGCCAUAAGCUACAUAAACAGCUACUACAUGGGCCAAAAUCUUCAGCACGAAAACCAAUUCGUAUCCCAAUGCAUGACCAACUUAAAAGCGUCUUCAGAAGACCUGGCAUCCAACACGACUGAAGAAGCUUCAUUGCUUUGCAUCCAAAGAGCCCUACUACUAAUGAAAACCCACAUAGAAACUUUUAAAAAACGAUAUGCUUAUCACUUGAGAAAAUGGGCUUUGGAAGGCAAAGGCAUCGGAAGUCAUUCCGCAGCUUUAGGAGAACGGUCCAGCGCUCCAAUUCGGCUUGUAGUGCAAUCGGGAAGCUGUACUGAAAGAUGCGUGCUGGAAAUGUACCUCACAGAUUAUGUGGCUGAUUUACGUGCUGAGAUUGUUAAAUGGUGGGAGGGAAUUGCAAAAAUACGGUCUCAAGAGGAAGGUGGGGAAAGUAAUAUCAGUUCUGGAAAAAAACCUGAUACUUGGAUAAGAAUUAUCACACAAGGUCAAGAACUUUCCAUAGACUGUGACGAAAAAUCAUUGCAAGAGAUGGGCUUCAAAGAUAACCAAAUCACUUACAUUUCAGUCGGUAUGUCGAGAAACAUGAAAAAGAGAGAGUUUCAGGAUGCGCCCUCUACUCAAGCGGCGCCACCAAGGGAUUGUUUACCCACAUUGUUGUUGUUGAAACCCAGCUAUUUUGAGCAACUAUUCUCGUUGAUGCAUACACUGAGUUCUAUGAAGAUUGUAGUCAAAGGUGGCAGAGUAAUUCCACACACUAAGGCCCAAGUCCUCAGCAGACGCGUUUGGGAUAUCUUAAGCCUCGUUCCUACCAGUCCUAAAUUGCUACAAGGCUUCCAGCAACUAGACAUACCCCUAACAGAUCUUCUAGACCCUUCCAGCGCUCAAAAACUGAUGUACUCUCUUUACAUAGUAGAGUCUCUGAGUAUUAAACAAAAUAAAUUCAGUGAUGAAGAAGAGGAACCGUGGACAAGAAAAUUUAUACAACACGGUGGUUUGCGGCAUCUUUAUGACAUUUUUAUGUCAGGUGUGUUGCAACAUGAAAGUGGUGAUGGGAGCGAUUGGCAACAAGAUUGUUUAGCCUCUCUAUUGAAGCUUUUAUGUCAUUUGGGCGUUGAUCCGUUACCGCAUGAGUCUAGACCUGCUAGGAACGAGAAAAUUUUUAUACCAAGCUUAAAUGAAGCUAUGUUGUCUAUGGUGGAUGUGAAAACAACCAUGCCAAAAUUAACCUGCAUUUUAAAGGAGGCUUCUUUACCUAAGGAUCCUAAUCAUUACAAGACAGGGUUUUGGGGUAGAGCUCAAGUUGUACACUAUGCUAUGGCUUUGUUAGUUUCCUGGCUGCAUAGCAGCGAAGAAGCCAGACAGGGGCUGUUUGAAUCGCCAGAUUUUGGUGUUUGGUUACAAAGAUUGGUCUUGGAAGAUCCAGAACCCGCGGUACGCAGAGAAGUGUGUUCAGCGAUUUAUCGGCUGUGUCUAGGAGUGUCCGGUAGAGCCGAGCACAUGGAAAGUACUUUGGUGGCUCCAAUGUUGGCGCAAUUGUUGACUUAUCUCGAAAAGGCUGAAAAUAUGAGGCCUCAAAAGAUUGAGUCUAUGCAACCUCAAGAGGACGGCAAGGAACCCUAUGGACCGGCUUGUAGGGAUUAUUUUUGGCUAGUGUCAAGGCUGGUUGAUAGUCUCCCGGACGACUUGGUAAAAGAAAGUAUCGAGGAACCUCAAAAUUGUCUCUUGGAUCUCAAUGAUCUCACCUCCAAAAUCGCCCAAUCGGUUUUAGCGCGUGAUUAUUUGGAAACCAGACACCGUACUGUUGAUGAUGAUGGUCUCAUUGGCCUUUUAAAUCUUAUCACGAAUCUGAUAAAGCACAGGCCACCAUUUCAGACGGGUAAAGGCGGCCAGGAGCUUUUAAAUGAGGUGGUCGAGUUUCUAUUUGCUCUACCCAACCCCAAACUUCGUCAUGUACCCAAAUGCAAAUCACCCAGAUCUCGUACUGCAGCAUUUGAUCUACUCGUCGAACUAGUAAAAGGGUGUCCUGGCAAUUAUGCCAUUUUACAUGAAAAACUUUUGAGGCAACACCAACCCGGCCCCAAUUCGCCUUAUCCUUGGGACUACUGGCCUCACGAAGACGGACGCUCAGAGUGUGGCUUCGUUGGACUCACAAAUUUAGGGGCCACGUGCUAUAUGGCUUCGUGCAUGCAACAUUUGUAUAUGAUGCCCCAAGCUAGGGCAUCGAUUUUGGGUGCCAACACUGAGGAUUCAAAGCAUGAGACAACCUUGAAGGAAUUGCAGAGGAUGUUUGCUUAUUUGUUGGAGAGUGAGAGGAAGGCUUAUAACCCUAGGAGUUUUUGCAAAGUUUAUACAAUGGAUCAUCAACCCUUGAACACAGCUGAACAAAAGGAUAUGGCAGAAUUUUUCAUAGACUUAGUCAGUAAACUAGAAGAAAUGACUCCUCCACUCAAAGAAAUAAUCAAAACAUUAUUUUGUGGCGUUAUAAGCAACAAUGUAGUCUCCUUAGACUGUGGUCAUGUGAGUCGUACUCUAGAAGAAUUCUACACAGUAAGAUGUCAAGUUGCAGAUAUGCGCAAUCUCUAUGAAUCUUUGGACGAAGUGACAGUUAAAGACACUUUAGAAGGUGACAAUAUGUACACUUGUUCGCAGUGUGGCAAAAAAGUGCGCGCCGAGAAGCGUGCCUGUUUCAAAAAACUGCCUCAAAUUCUAGCCUUCAAUACUAUGAGAUACACUUUUAAUAUGUUGACAAUGUUGAAGGAAAAAGUCAAUACGCAUUUUUCGUUUCCUUUAAGGCUUAAUAUGGCCGGUUAUGUGGAAAAAACUUUAAUGCCGCAACAUUAUCAGGAAGACAAAGUAAAAGAAGAUCUAGAAAGUGAGCAGUAUGAGUACGAUUUAAUUGGAGUUACUGUGCAUACUGGUACAGCGGAUGGUGGUCAUUAUUAUAGCUUUAUAAAAGACAGGACAACGUGUGCCAGAGACAAAUGGUUCCUGUUCAACGACGCCGAAGUUAAACCUUUCGAUCCCAAUCAAAUUGCAGCUGAAUGCUUCGGAGGCGAAAUGACUAGCAAGACUUAUGAUAGUGUCACUGAUAAAUUCAUGGAUUUCAGUUUUGAGAAAACCAAUAGCGCUUAUAUGUUAUUUUAUGAAAGGUGUCCACUUUCUGCUCCUGAAAGUACUGAAAGCUCCUCGACGAAUUUAGAUAUAAUAGAAACUCGCAGUACUUCGCCAGCGCCUAGUGCCACAUUUGAACUGAGCAAGGAAUUGGAAGAUUGGAUAUGGGAGGAUAAUAUGCAUUUUAUACAGGAUAAAAAUAUUUUCGAACAUACAUAUUUCAAUUUCAUGUGGCAAAUUUGCGGUUACAUUCCUCAAACCCUGCUGCCAAUUCAGCCCAACAUAACUCAAAAAGCAGCUCAACUGUCCACUUCGUUUUUCAUUGAGACUUUUAUUCAUGCCAAAGAAAAACCUACAAUGGUUCAAUGGGUGGAACUAGUAACCAAACAGUUCAACGCCUGUCAUGACGCUUGCGUGUGGUUUCUUGAACAUAUGGCGCAGGACGUAUGGUGGCCAGUGCAAGUACUUUUAAAAUGUCCUAAUCAAAUGGUCAGGCAAAUGUUUCAAAGGCUGUGUAUACAUGUGAUACAGAGGCUCAAGCAGUCUCAUUCUAGUUUGUACUUAAGGCUCGACGAUGAGGUUGACUUGUCAAAAAUGGACUACAGUCAAAAUAUUGAUAUUUGUAAGAUAGGAAAUUCUUCAUGUGUAACUAAAUUUAUAAAGACGCUCUUGUCAUUAAUGGAGCACGGGGCUAAAGCCCAUUUAAAGCACCUGACUGAAUAUUUUAAUUUUUUGUAUGAAUUCAGUAAAAUGGGUGAAGAAGAGUCACAAUUUUUAUUAGCAGUUGGAGCAAUCAAUUCAAUGGUUCAUUUUUACUUGGGCCAAAAAGCAAAUGAUUUUGUUGAUGUUAGUGAAGGCGAAGAAGACGAAGAAAUGGUUUCAAUACCUCCCGAUAAAUAUAAACCUGCUAGUUUAGAUAAAAUGAUAACGCUAAUAGCUAGUUUAGUGGAGAAAAGUCGGAAUUCUAAUAUGAAAUUGCAACUUAGCGAAAGGGAUUAUAAUGCUGUUGCAGGAGGAAAAGGCUUUUCAUUUUUGUACCAGCAAAUCAAAGAUAACAUAAACCUGCAACAAACACGAAACUUAAUUCAUUCCCUUUGCAAGGGUAACAAUCAGCUAGCCCAAAGCAUAAUCUGUAUGAUUUCGCAAGCAAUAACCAGGCAUUCAGAGGUCAACUUACAGGGUUGUCAACCCUUCUUUAAAAUCCUCACGCUGUUGACGGAAAACUCGAACCAGAGCAGCGCCAGCGGUUCCAAUCAGCCGUGCUUCACUCAGUUGGUGCUACAAAAGGUGUGGGAGGCUGCUGAGUGUUGUCCACAUUCUGCGCUGGACUGGUUAGCUUUACAAGUCACAAGAAACAGGUUGGUGCAUUCUUGGGUUUUAACCUCAAUGGAUUCGUGGUUGGAACAUUUUUUGAUUGCUCAUAGUAAUCAACGUGUGAGGAACACUGCCGGUUACCUUCUAGUCUCAUUAGUUCCUAGCACUCCUUUUAGACAAGGCUUCAGAGCUUCCCAUAGAAUGAACAGAGAACCUCAAUUGUCCAAUGAAGCUCAAGCAGUUUUGCACCAAGUGUAUACUGCCCUUUUAAGAUUGCUUCCAGCUGCUAAGCAUUACACUGACAUACAACAACAUGGCUCUAUGAAACUCACGACCUAUUUUGCACUUUUAAUGUACUGUUGCAUUUCUAGGACAGAAAAAUUAAUGUUUGGUCAAUAUUUUCUCCAAUUGUGGCACUUGUUCCAUCCCAAGCUCUCAGAACCAUCCAUCCCAGCCUACCACAAUAAGCAAGCACUGUUGGCUUUUUGGAAUCAUGUGUGUACUGAUUGUCCUGAAAAUGUUCAACUAAUGUUGGCCAAUGCGCAUGUCACCAAAAAUAUAGCUUUCAACUAUAUAUUGGCCGAUCAUGAUGAUCAAGAAAUAGUCUUAUAUAAUAGAGCAAUGUUACCGGCUUAUUAUGGAAUAUUGAGGAUGAUGUGCCAGCAAUCAAGAGUUUUUACUAGAAAUUUGGCUAAUCAUCAAAAUCUUCAGUGGGCUUUUAAAAAUAUUACACCUCAUCCUACUCAAUACACACAGGCUGUAGAAGAAUUAUUUAAAUUAAUGCAAAUAAUGGUAAUGAAACAUCCUGAUGCUUCGGAAGCAGAUCAAAGAGAAAUUUACACUUUUAAACGUUCUACCCUAAUGACGUACUUACAGUGUUUGGAUGGAAGAACUAGUUGGGGCACAUUAAUCAACGCAUUUAGGAUCCUUGUUGAUACCAAUGAUGAGAAACUCUAUAUAGUUUACAAUGGAGGAUUGCAGAUAGUAUUUGAGUGUUUUCAAAAUCUCCACAUCAUGUUGCAUGAAGCCACCGCUUGCCACGUCGUUGGAGAUAUGUUGGAAAUUCUACAAAUUCUAUCGGAUCUCAUGCACUGCAUCAGGGGUUAUAGGGACAACAAAGACGCCAGAAGUUUACUGCUGGCGACUAAAGACUGGCUAGAAGUGAUUCGGAAGUUGGCCACUCUGUUGAACACUUAUAAUCCUCCUGAGAUGAGAUCAUUGUGUAUUGGUGUCCUAAAAGAAUUCGUCCUAAUCAUGACACCAGAAACGAUGCAAACCCUCGUACCUCUCCUCUCUCAUUGUCACUCGGCGUUCCAAGACAGUCAAGACGCUGUGCCCUUGGGACCUUAUUUUCCACGCAGAGGACACUCGGUACCGAUUGUGGCUGGAAAAGGCGGUGCCAGACCUCUACGGCCAAUGGUACAAAUGACAGUUCCACAAAACCAAUUGGAUUGCAGCAGGGGUGUGGAUCUAGAGUAUGACAAGGCCUUGGAUAAGUUCUACGCUCCCUAUCAUGAUUUUAUAGAUACAAUGUUCCGAUUGGCUGUGAAUAACGAUUCAGUACAAGAAGUAUUAAUUAAUUUAAGCGCCGUUGUCGGAUUUGAAGCAGUACCAUUACAUUCCACCUACUUUCCCAAGCUGUGGCUGGAUAUAUUAAAGGCUCAGCACUUGGAUAGGAAAUAUAUAAGCAUGUUAUCGGCCUGUAAUUAUUUCGUGGAUUAUGUGGACGCAAUUUUAUUAGAUGAACGUUUAGCGUUAACGGUCGACGUGAUUUAUGAAUUUUUAACUGCGUUUUUUCCAAAAGUUGCUGCUCAUGUGCUAAGUGAACAAACUUUGAAAAUGAUCGAUUCUACUGUAGAAUCUUUAAAUGCCACCAUUAGCUCUACGGAUGCUUUGAUAAACCCGAAAAGACUCACAGGAGACUUGAGGGCGCUUACUUUAGUUUACAAAUCACCUCAGGGAAAACCUCCAGUCACUCUUAAAAGUAAUUUGAAGGUGUUGCAGGGGAAACUUAAGGCGGAAAUUGGUAGAAUGGAUAGUAAUUCGGAAAAAUCCGAGCCCGUGUCUGUUGAAAAUAAACCUUCCACGUCGAAAGAAGGUGCCAAAAGUGACGAUGAAAAAACUAAAAAGGACAACGAAGCGCAAGCGUCAGCGUCGAGUAGUAACAGUGAAGACGGGAGCGACCCAAGUAAAGAUACUAACAAAAAACUUAAUGAGGCAUUAAGCAAUUUGACAGUGCUUGAAAAAAGCAUCCACGAAUUAAUUUUAGUUUUAGAUAAAUGUGAUCCUGGCAGCGGCGGCAAGCGAAGUUAGUUUUAAGCGUUAUAAGUUUGAAAAAAAAAAAAUUAUUUAAUAAGGUGGCAAAAGUGAUCUGCAAUGUUUGUAAGUGUUUUGUUUUUUUUUUUAAUUAAUUACAAAUAUAAAAAGGGCUGGAUCCAGUGGGUCUAAGGACCCCAAAUUUCAACCCCAAGAGGUGUCAUAAACCAACUUAGUUGAAUUAGUUAUGUCAGAUUUAUUUAUUGCCAACUGAAAAGUAUCUGGUAACAUUUUAUACUUGGUAUGUAUUAUAAUAUGUAUAUAGGGUGUCCUUUUUAGUUGUACAUAAGGGAUAACUUGAUUGCUUUAGAGUUAGAAGAAUGCGGUGUUCGCGAACGUUGGCUACUUUUUUGUCAAAUGAAAUUGUCAUCGCCUUUUUUGUUUUUCAGAUACAAGAUGCUUUUGAAAAUGUAAAUAAAACACAAAAGUACUCAAAAAUAAAUAGUCAUAUAGUAUCACUAUAGUAGUCCUUCCAGCUGUAGUAAGCCCUUUGCAACAAAAUAUCCUUAACACUCCUACAAAAUAGUUCGUAGUUCAUUACUUAGAUGGUUAAAUAUUUUUUUUGCUCUCAUAUAAUAUUGUGUGUUUUGCUAAGGGCCGGUUUCUCAACAGCAAGUCACCCCCGGGUUAAGCAUAACUCCAGGGUAAACAUUGCUACUGGACACGCAUACCAGAAAGUUAAAAUCAAGCCAGAGGUGACUCGCUAUUGAGAGAUCGCACCUAAAGUGGACUUUGGUAUAGAUAAGCCUAUAUUAGUGUUCGAACUUACUUUUGUAUUGUACACAAUAUCCCGAGUUUCCAAACCUGAAUAUUUCUUGUGCACAAGACGCACAGUUUCUAAAAGCUAAUUUUUUUCCCUAAUAAAUAACGGUUGACAUUGUUCACGACCUGCAAUUUUAUACAAAUAACGAAUUGCCCUCUUUUGUGAAACAAAUAUUGAGUUAAACAGUUGCCUGUUAUUAAAUUCCUGAAAAGCUAUACCAUAUAUCUUACAUGAGACUCCAAACCAUUUUUGUGGUAAAACAACUAAGUUUGUUGGAAACUAUUCUGAUUGCAACGCAACCAGCAGACAACAUUCUACUUAGUGUCCUUAUAUGGUCCUAAAUUUCAGUUUAGAUUUGAGACGUAAAAAUUUUGUGAGGGGUUUAUUUUCUAUAAUUUCAUCAUUUAAAUACAAAUCAUUAAAGCAAAUUUGUAUCACUUCAAAGGUUACCUUUACGCAGGUCCCUAUCAACAGUUAAUUUGAGGUCAUCCCUGUUUUUACCAUGCCAAAGAAGAAGUCAUUUAAAUACAACAAAAAUAAAAUAGGUCCCAGAACAAAGCCUUGUGGAACGCCUCUUGUAGUAAGUGAUCUAUCAGAGUAUUCGCCAUCCGCUGUUACCAUCUGCAUUCUUCCCUUAAGAUAGGCAAAAAACCAAUUCAUUGUAAGCUCCCCAAACCCAUAGUGUCUCAGUUUCCGCAAAAGGACUUUAUAUUUAUAAGGAGAAUGAUAAAGGUCUCUGUUCUGUUGACGACAUCUUUCGUUUGACAAAAAACUAGCCAACGUACACAAAACUACAUCCUUCUAACUCAAAUAGCAACCAAGUUAUCCAACCAAAAUUGGACACCCUGUAUACAUUAAGGCUCCUAUUUAUUUAUUUUUUAAUAUUAUUCACUGGAUGACUAUGGACAAAUAUGGGUGAAUUCGUAGAAUAUAUAUAAAGGAGACUUGACCUAAUAAAUGCGUUAAGUUUGUUCAGAAAAUGGGUAUUUUUAGUAGAUGGCGCGCAACCCAACUAAAUCAAAAAUAAAAAAAUAUUUUUUUGCAAUAUUAUUUCGAUCAGCGAAAUUUGUGGUUGUCAAUGACCAAGGCUAUUAAACAACGAGGAAAGGGUGGUCCAUAAGAGAAAUUUUAUAGGAACUUAUUAUGUCAUGAAAUUGAAGUUUCACACAUUUCCAAGGCGCACGUGUUUUUAGGUAUCUGAUUGCGAUAUUUUCUUUAUUCUAAUCCUCCAAAAAUAUUAACAUUUUUCGCCCGUUGACAGGCCACGAAACUCAAUAAUAUUCUGGUAUUUUGAUUAUUUUCCAAUGGUUUCUAUGGAAUAGAAGAAUAGUACAUAGUACGAGAAUCACUUUUUUUCCCGCCCACUAAUUUCCAAAUUGUUUAGGUAUUUUAGUGGGUAUAACACUGCUUUAUUUAAUAUCAAAUAUUAAGGCCGCGUUAAUGGCCGCCAUGUUUAAACUGUGAUUGGUUGAUUUUUCGAAACUUGUUUUAAAGUCUUUAAAAAAACGGCACAUCAGAAUUGGCUCAAAUUUGGCAUAAACAUUAUUUGAUCGAUUAUCUACAAUUCCUUAUUUUGGUUUUUCGAUAUUCAGCCUUUUUUUUAAAUUCAAAAAUUAUGUUCGCAACCACCAAAACAAUUAAAUGUGUUGGUGGUUGCAUAUUUGCAUGUUUAUCAAGCUUGGAUCCAUGAAAAGCAUAUUUUAUUGAUAACCACGAAAAACUAACAAAAGCUAAUUGUAGAGAUUGUAGAUAAUAUAUAUCAAAUAAUGUUUAUGUCAAAGGAUUUUGUAAAUUAUUGCGGAUUUUUUGAGAUCACCUUAAAACGAAUUUUGAAGGUGAAAACAGUUCAAGCAAUUUCAAGUAGAUGGCGCCACGGCAAAAAAGCUACAUUGGGAGCAUCAUAAUUGUAUAUUUGUCUUUCUCUGUCACUAAGUGUUUCACCGACAAACAGAUUUUGUUUUGGACAAAAAAUAAAAUAUUGAACCGUAUGUGUAGACGCAGUCGUCAUUUUCAAAAACUAAAUUUAAACAUGGCGGCCAUUAACGCGGCCUUAAACAUUAAUUUAACUCAUAAUAUAAGAAAAUAUCGAAUACUUGAUAGAAUGUGUAGGUAUUUCUCAGAUUUUGGUGUUAGGAAAUGUGUUGCUUUUCUAUCUAAAGACACAACCAUUUUUGUACAACCGUCACAAAAAGGUGACUCUUUUGGAGAAAUUUGGCAGCACUCUAAUCGCGGUUUUCUCGAAAACUGUCAGUUAUAGGAUAUAAUACAUAAAAUAUGGUUAUAACUUCUCUUACAACCCAUAAAUCUAAUAAUAUAAGAAUAUAAAGAAGUUGAUGGCACGAUGAUCGAACUGAAUGCGACAGUCAAAUGUUUUUAUGCUGAAAUUUUGCAUUGGGAUCAAUAAUAUACAUACUCAAAAUUUAAAUCGAUAUCGAUUUUUAUGCCCAAACUAGAGUUGGGUAAAUAAUCAACUUGAAGGAUUUUUUAGCGACUAACCAUUUUUAACCGUGUUAUAAACGGGUACUGAAAGUACAUCAUAUUUUCAGUUACCGUUUAUAACGCGGUUACAAACGGUUAGUCGCUGAAAAAUCCAUUUAGUCAACACUGAUAUUUAUACGUCUGUUCUCACAAAAGUCCUGACAGUUUGCAAACUGUCAGAAACACUCGCUCAGCCAAGUUACCGAUUUAUCUUGGAACGACGGCAUUGAAAAGAUGUAUGGGCGAUGCUUUCUGACAGUUUGCAAACUGUCAGAGACUCUUGUGAGAACAGACCUUAUGUUAACAUAUUUGAUUUGAUUGGGGUUUGAUACUAUUCAUUUCUCACUUAUUUUUCAAAAAUUUCGAAAUCGUUGGUAACCAUAGGGGGUUAGAUAUUCAUCACCUGUAGGUUACCAGACCCUUCCGUUCAACGCCUGUUUCACAACGAAUACUUCCGAAGGUUAUGAAACCACUGGUUUUUGCAAUUGGAAUCAUACUCCUCAAAAUAAUCAAUUCUAGACCUAAAUAUUCUAGAUCCUCUUGCUUCUUCAUCGCUGCUAUACACAUUUUUUUCGUUAUUGUCCAUAUUCGGAUUAUUUGCAUAAAAAAACUGACGUUUUCUAAAUUUCUAAACUUACCUACAUAAAAAAAAUUCUAACCUACAAAUCGAACAGAAUUCCCGCUUGUAUCACUUGGCCAAUUAGGUAGUAGCUGAUGCUUUGAAUAUAAAACUACAGGAUUUUAGCGGUGUUAAGUGAUAAUAAGCACCGGGAUUAGUGCGAAAAGAGUGAGUCAUAAUAUUGACAAUCAUAUUUAAAUAAAUAUACGCCACUGCCAAACCGGAAACACUAGUCGGCCAUAUGCAACCUCUACAUAUUCUGAUCGCGCAGAUUCGAGGUUUUGCUCCUUCCUGUUGUUUUAUUUUCAAAGAGCUGACGUCACACACAACCACAAUUUGAUGUUUGGCCCCCUAUCGAAAUUGACGUUAUGUCAUUAGUGACAAGCUAGCUCCUAUGUGUAUAAAUGGUCUUUCAAACGCUUUGUUUGUCCCCCCAACGAAAAUGAGGUUAUGUGUGUGACGUCAGCUAGUGCCUAAUUAGGCUCUCCAGACCACGUGAUUUUUCAAUAUGGCGAAUUGGCAAAUUUGACGUUUGUUUGUUUAUCUUGAGUUAAUUUGGAAUAUUUUCAAGAUAAUUACAGUUUACUUUGUUAUAAUAUACUUUUUCUACAACUGUCAAAAAAUGAUGAUUUUCGCACACUCAUGACAGUUUGCGAAGUGACCCUUUUUUUCC